GAAUAAAUACAAUAUUAAUUGAGACCACUUUACUAAAACGAGUAAUUUUAAAUUAAAAUAAGAGCAUGAAGCGGCAGAAUGUACGAACAUUGUCACUUGUGGUUUGCACUUUUACGUAUCUUCUCAUCGGAGCAGCGGUCUUUGAUGCAUUGGAGUCAGACACCGAAAGUAAAAGAUUAGAGGUGCUGUCAGACAUGAAAAAUGGCUUAUUACGCAAAUAUAAUAUAAGUGCUGAAGACUACCAUGUGAUAGAAAUAGUAUUGAUAGAGAAUAAGCCCCACAAAGCUGGUCCACAGUGGAAGUUCGCAGGAGCAUUCUAUUUUGCCACUGUCGUUUUAGCUAUGAUUGGCUAUGGACAUUCCACACCUGUUACUGUAGGAGGAAAGGCUUUUUGUAUGGCCUAUGCCAUGGUGGGCAUACCCCUAGGGCUGGUGAUGUUCCAGAGUAUCGGGGAACGGUUAAAUAAGUUCGCUUCAGUUGUGAUUCGUAGAGCGAAAUGUUAUCUGCGUUGUAAUACCACUGAAGCAACCGAAAUGAAUCUGAUGUUUGCUACUGGAAUGCUCUCGUCAAUCAUAAUAACUACAGGAGCCGCCGUAUUCUCUCGGUACGAAGGCUGGAGCUACUUCGAUAGUUUCUAUUACUGCUUCGUGACGCUGACCACCAUCGGCUUCGGAGACUACGUCGCUCUGCAAAACGAUCAAGCCUUGACCAGUAAACCCGGAUAUGUGGCCUUGAGUCUCGUCUUCAUAUUGUUCGGGCUGGCCGUUGUCGCCGCCAGCAUCAACUUACUCGUUCUCAGAUUCAUGACCAUGCAAGCCGAAGAGAACGCUCGAGACGAAGACAAAGAAGGUUCUAGAACAUUGCUACCGAUAGAGGGACACGGCAUCGCGGCCCGGCAGCGUUCACACGACGACCAGGCGUCUGUAUGCUCGUGCAACUGUUUGGGCAAUAAGCAGUGUGAGAGCGGAGCUUUACUCGAAGCUCCUACCCGACCUUAUCGUCUGCGAGCGCGGGCGUCUCUCACUCAAGACAUCAUCGAACGAGCUUCCGUUUAAGUCAAGUUUACUCCUUAAUAAUAAAUUACAAAAUCUAUCUUUUAACAUUAUGAACUAGCAAAAGAAAUUUGUUUGUUGGUGAGAUUGCUAUAGUUACGCGGAGCAGCUCAUAUCUGGUGUCCAAAGUUGAUCAGAUUAGAGAUGAGUCGGAUUUAUUAGAACAGAUCCGAGUAUUAGGUAUUUUACGAGAUUAGGCUGCACCUAAUCCCAUUUUUUCAAUGUGUAUAAUCCACCUGUUCCACCUAAUCUUUGUAUUCUUAAAACGUAAAAUAGAAUGUUCAGCAUACGCUCCCACCUGUACCUGCGCUAUCUCAUUCACUUAUACAUUGCAACGUAUAUCAUAACCCCUAAAUGCCUAAUCCUAAUCAUUCAAAUAAUGAUCCAACGAUCACAUUAAUCCAAUCUUAAUAACGAACUAAGAACCUGAGAUUAGGAAUAGGCAGAUAGAGAUUGCUUGCUAAGUAAAGGAUUUGUUGUGAAUGAGAUUAGGAAGAUUAUGUGGAUUAGGUAUUUCUUAAGAUUAGGUGUUCCUAAUCUUAAGAACUAUAACGUACUAGGUAAAUCUAAAAGAAAUAUAACGUACUAGGUAAAUCAGAUAUUAAGUCCACCAACAGGUGGACGUAGUACGACUCAUCUCUAAGCCAGAUAUCACAGACCCUAGGAUUUACGUCACUCGCCUUGAGACACGAGUCGAAGUCUGCAUUGUAUUAAAACGUAUCAGCUAGUGCGUAGCUGGUAUAGACUUCUAGGCUACCGGCGAAUUGGGGGGG